UCCGUGGGCUUCCGGGCGCACGCAGUUCUGCCGCCGCGGAGAGGGCGGAAUUCCCGGUGCUGCUGCCGUGUCUGUCGGUGCCCCGGGUUCAGCCGCCACCAUGGGGAUCCUGGAGAAGAUCUCCGAGAUCGAGAAAGAGAUCGCUCGGACGCAGAAGAACAAGGCCACCGAGUAUCACCUGGGCCUGCUGAAAGCAAAACUUGCCAAGUAUCGGGCCCAGCUUCUGGAACCGUCCAAAUCGGCCUCAUCCAAAGGAGAGGGUUUUGAUGUCAUGAAGUCGGGUGACGCCCGCGUGGCACUGAUUGGAUUUCCCUCUGUGGGUAAGUCCACCUUCUUGAGUCUAAUGACCUCCACAGCCAGCGAAGCCGCGUCCUAUGAAUUCACCACCCUGACAUGUAUCCCUGGGGUCAUCGAAUAUAAAGGGGCCAAUAUCCAGCUCCUCGACCUGCCUGGGAUCAUCGAGGGUGCAGCACAAGGGAAAGGCCGUGGCCGGCAGGUGAUUGCUGUGGCGCGCACGGCUGAUGUCUUCAUUGAUGUGAUUGUGGGCAACCGGGUGUACAUGCCCUGCUUGUAUGUUUAUAACAAAAUCGACCAGAUCUCAAUGGAGGAAGUGGACCGCCUGGCCCGGAAGCCCAACAGUGUGGUCAUCAGCUGCGGCAUGAAGCUGAACCUGGACUACUUGCUUGAGAUGCUUUGGGAGUACCUGGCCUUGACCUGCAUCUACACCAAGAAGAGAGGACAGAGGCCAGACUUCACAGAUGCCAUCAUCCUCCGGAAAGGGGCCUCCGUGGAGCAUGUGCCAGUUCAAGUACGCGCUGGUGUGGGGCACCAGCACCAAGUACAGCCCGCAGCGGGUGGGCCUGACCCACACCAUGGAGCACGAGGACGUCAUCCAGAUUGUCAAGAAGUAGUGCCUCCUGCUGGGCCCCCUGCCUGCCCACCCUGUCUCCCCCGGGGAGUCAGACCUGGCCGGACACACCAAAGCCCAAACAGGAAAUUCAUACAAAUACAUACACCCCAGGAAGGGGUCUCUCAAGUCUCUGCUGUUUCUGGAAGUUUCUUCAGUAGGCAGAUGAUGAAGAGUGUAUUGGGGCAGAGGGACAUGGUUGGGGAACUUGGGCUGGGCUGGUGGCAUUUGCCACGAGACUGGCCCCUUGGGUGGGGGUUCUGUGUUUGGAACACUGGGCCUGCGCCCUGCCCCUGGCCCCCGCUCAGGCACCGAGGGGGCAGGUUGCCCCCCCUACCCUGCAGCCAGGGCCUCAUGCGGACGGCUUGCUCAGUGCUGGGGCUCAGAGCCGAGCCUGCCCGGGUCCCUGGGAGCUGUAGUUUCUGUUGGGGCACCUUGGGCCUUCAGCUCCUCCCAGCCUGCCUGACACUCGGGGAGGGGGCCUCCCAGGACAAGCCCUCUGCCCCAGCCCAGGGCUGCUCCAUGGUGGCCUUAAGCCCCAGCUCAUGCCCUCCUCAGCCCGAGGAGUCCUGAUGUACUGCACUGACCCCGCCACCCGGGGCCUGCACAGACGCCUGGAGUGGUGGCUUUGGUGUUGGGUUUCUGUACUUUUCCCCCAAGCCCCUGGUCUUGGCUCUCCUUUCUACAAUAA